AUGGAUAAUCGCUCGCUUAUGGCCCCUGGAGAGUACGAAACGCUUAAAUCGACGACGAUACAUUCAAGUAGAACCGGUCGACAAACGUACAAAACUUCAAUUACUAACAGAACUGUUUGGCCAGACUAUCUCGAGGAUGCUCUGCUUCAAGCCUUGUUCAGCUAUCGUCCAACCUCCACCAAGACUCCGCGAAGGCAGCUGCGCCGCUUUCCAAAUCGGAAUAGGUAUAUUUCGCAAUAUAUCUUUUCCGCGACGGGAGUGAAGAGAUCAGCGAAGCAAGUUGGGAGCCGCCUUCAACAGCUGCGGGAAACAUGUACAGACCCAACGAUUUACGACUUGAUCGUUAACAAAAAUAUAUCUCCGGCGACCCCUCCGGAAGAGGACCUAAGCGACGAUCCCUCCACGCCGCCCAUCGCUAACGACAUCGACACCGUCCCCGAGUCAGAACUGUUGACGAUUCCCCAAUACCUCCAUCAAGAUCGUUUUUCAUUUCUUUUUAUUCCGGACCAACCCACAUUUGAGCUACCCAUAUCCAAUCAACCCACAUACGACCAAUCAUGUCCGACCUUGUACUAUGCUCCCGUUUCUUGCGACGAACCCCAGCUACCUCCAGAAUUUCCAAAUAUUCCUUUCGAGGUGCCGCAAUAUCACGACAACUUGAAGAAGUCGUUGGACUUGCUAUAUCACCCCACGCCCUGCUACCCCUCUUCCAUCCGCCCACCUCCAAUAGCGUUUUAUGCACCUCAAAUAGAAGAUGCUAGAUCAUCUUCGCUUGCUGGUGCAGUACAUCCGUUAUUUUCUUUCCCUUGA